GGGGGGGGGGUCGCGCAGCGCCUCCGCCACUCAGUCGGUAGGCUACAGUCGGCGGCUGAUGAGGAGGAGAGUCUGACACUUAAGCGGCGGUCAUGUGACAUAUUAUGAGGAUGGACAGUCAAUACUGAGUGAGCUUCCAGUUGCCUGGAGAUCUGAGGAGAGCCAAAGGAUCAUGGGAGAUGGAGGACCCCUUCAGACUGAGGGAAAUGCUCUCCUCAAAGCUGUCUUCCAGGGAAAGCUGCGGCUUGCACGCCUGCUGCUGGAGGGCGGAGCCUACAUCAAUGAAGGCAAUGAGCGUGGAGAAACGCCCAUCUCUGCUGCCUGCUUGGCAACCUAUGACGACUCACAAACCCGGCAGAGGAUGGUCCGGUACCUGUUGGAGAAAGGUGCUGAUCCCAACAUUCCUGAUAAGACUGGGCGUACGGCACUAAUGCACGCCUGUGCUGAGCAGGCAGGAAAGGAAGUGGUGUCACUCUUGUUAGAAAACGGAGCUGAUCCAAGUCUGAAAGACUACUCGGGUGCCUCCGCCCUCGUCCACGCCAUCAAUACAGGAGAACGUGAUACUCUACAGGUGCUCCUUGAUGCCUGCAAGGCCAAAGGCAAAGAGGUGAUCAUCAUCACCACUGACACGUCUCCGUCCGGCACCAAGAAGACUAAACAAUACCUGAACUCGCCUCCCUCCCCAGGCAUUGUGGACAAACUGUCUCCUGCAUGCAUGUCGCCCUCAGAGGUGGAGAUUGGCACCUCCUCACCUGCAGGAGACAAGAGCAAUGAUGAGGAGGGUAUCUUCAGCUUUGCACUUACUUCAGCAUUACCCCUACCUUCCGCUCGACCUCCAGGUGAAAAGAGGCCCCCUCCUCGCAAGCUGCUGAAGAGACUGAACUCAGAGCCUUGGGGCCUGGUGGCACCCUCAGUUCUGAGCGGGGUUCCUCCGGAUCGGUUGGAAAAAGGUCUGGAAGAGGAAAACAGCAGUGAUUUGAGCAGGACGACCACAGAGAUGAAUGGUCUGUCCAUCUCAGAGCCAGUGAGACCCCUGUUGUCACGGAGACACAGCAUUGAGACCCAUGACCCUUGUUCCCCCAAACUCAUUGAUCGGUCCUGCUCUGAAGAUUGUGCUGGGCUUUCUGCUACCCUAUGGGCUGACAAGGUUCAGCAGCACCAGAUCCUGUACAGAAGAAACACCGCUCCAGAGCCCCAAGAAAAUGCUGGGGGGCCUGGGGCAGUACCAACCCGAGUUCUGGCUCACCCCAAACUCACCCGAAUGGAGCAUUAUGAGUCAGACACCCACCUCUGUCCAGAGUCCAUCCCAGGAUCACCAGACUCUGGAAGGAUGUCCGUGGAUCGCAGAAGAUACAACGCCUCCCCUUUGUCUCUUGUUACCAGCUCAUCCAGGGAGUCUUUGGAGAACAUCCCCAACUCUGUCUCUCCCAUUGCCAUGCGCAGGCGUCCCCCAGGUCUCCUGGAACGUCGAGGUUCUGGGACCCUGCUACUGGACCACAUCUCCCACACCAGACCCGGCUUCUUGCCACCACUCAACAUUAACCCCCAAAGACCCAUUCCUGAUAUCCGUGGAAAUGGAAAGCCCACCUCUCCAGUGCACCUAGGACACAAAAUCCUGGUUCCAAUGGCCCCAACAUCACCCAAACGGGGUCCUGAGGUCAAGAUGAAGAAGAAACUGAUGAGAAGACACUCAAUGCAGACAGAGCAGAUGAAGCAGCUUUCAACCUUCCAGGAGAUUCUCGCUGAGAAAGUUGUUGAGUCCAAUGGGGAUUGAUGAUUUUAGUGUGCAAAGCAUGCUGGGUAGCUGCAAUUUAUUUGUUAGGGUGGAUAUUUACUGUGAAUCAGAUCACUGAUGGAGUCAUAUUAACACCAGGUUUUGGUGUCUGAGGAGAGCUGCACCAACAAAGUUCAGAUACAAAUCACCUGAUGGGAACAGGCCUUUUUGUCCUGUGUGGUCCUUGCUAAAGGGACAUUUCCCAGCAGAAACCUCAAUUCAGAGAACCAGAGAGAAAUGUACCCAUGAGGAAUGAAGCUAACAGCUGCUCAGAGCAGGAACCAUCUUGGUACCUAAACCUAAACUUUGAAUAAUCAUUUAAAUAUUUGAAAUAAAGUAAAGUAAUAUGUUAUAUCUCUUGUAGAUAAUUCAUCAUUAGCUGCAUUUCAAAACCACAAAAUUAUUCUGUAAAACACACAUCUUCUCUCCCUUAAUAAUAAUAAUAAUAAUAACAAUAAAAAAUAAUAAUAGCAAUUAAAUCUGCUUAAGAAGUUCAGGAGAUCCUUUUCAACAUGUUGCUGUGGUCAUAGCCUGUUAUUAGCCAUCCUGUAUAUGUGAAUAUAGUCUGACGGCGCUCAGUCGUGGGGCGGUAUCUACGGUAUUAUUUCAAGCUGUCUCCACAUGCUAUUGCACAAGAAACGUGACGUUCGGAUGUCAUUCAACGGGGCAGUCCACCAAACACUGUCAAAGAACAUGCAAAUUUGUCCGUUUUCUAAAUAAAGGACUAAAGUACCUCUAUCUGACUCAAAGAAAAGCCCAAGUCUAAAUAGUCCAAAGCUGAUGCCAAAGCCGCUUCAAAGAAGCCGCCAUCAUCUCUGUUGUUUUUCUCUUUUGCAUCAUCCAGCCCAAACCAAUAGAGAGCCAAAGACUCCUCUCUUCCCGGUCGGCUCAUGGGUCCCCGGAAGAACUAAAAAUGAACGCAACUCAAAGGAGCUAGAAGAGCAAUUUUCUAAUCCACUUUGCCUUACGCCCUGAAUCACACAUACAAUUCAAUUCAAAUGAAAAUCAAUGAUGUGUGAUUUGACCACGCCAGUCAGAUGUCGCCACGUCAAAAACAUAACGUCACCACAUAAUCUCCUCCCCCCUAGCAUAGCUGCUUAUCACAUGGCAAGUUUUAUGCGCUUGCCAUGGACAAAGGAAUCAACACUUCCUAAAGUUACUGCCAUUUUUCCUUGUUGCUUUCUCCGCUUCUGGUUCAGUGAUGUCAAUUGUAUUCCUGGACAUAUUUUCACAAAACCUAAAAACAAUUUUGCCCCCGUUUGAAAAUAAGCAUUUUCUUGGCAUCAGAAUGUCUUUCAAAUUCCUUCGCGGACAUCAUAUGUAAAAUCCAUGGUACAUAACAAACGGGAUUAGAAAAUAGUGUUUUUAUCCCCAUUGACUUGCAUUCAUUUAUUCGUUCUUCCAGGGACCCAUGGUCCGGAAGUAGAUGGGUGUGACUUAGGCUCCCUGCUAAAUUUGGCCCUCUAAACUGAUAGGGUGCUGUGAUUGGCCCACCAAACCAAUAGAGCGCUGUGAUUGGCCCACCAAACCAAUAGAACGCUGCGAUUGGCCCACCAAACCGAUAGAGCACUUCGAUUGGCCCACCAAACCGAUAGAGCACUGCAAUUGGCCCACCAAACCGAUAGAGCACUGCAAUUGGCCCACCAAACCGAUAGAGCGCUGCAAUUGGCCCACCAAACCGAUAGAGCGCUGCGAUUGGCCCACCAAACCGAUAGAGCGCUGCGAUUGGCCCACCAAACCAAUAGAGCGCUGCGAUUGGCCCACCAAACUGAUAGAGCGCUGCGAUUGGCCCACCAAACUGAUAGAGCGCUGCGAUUGGCCCACCAAACUGAUAGAGCGCUGCGAUUGUCAUAACACAAAACUGCUCAGGCCAAUGGUAGACCUGCUGAAGCUCAUAAGGAGCGUGGCUAUACCGAUUUGCAGAGCAAAAUAAGUUUGCUUCGGCUGCUGUCUGUCUAGAUUUCUAGGCUCGCUGUUAUGAGCAACAAGACAACAACCUCUUAGGUUGGAGCUGUGUUUGUUGGUGUGAACCAGCUGAAGGUUCCUUUUGGUCAAAUUCAGACCUCUUGAAUGUUUCUUAUCAAAAACAAAUGAGUAGAGACUUCUAAAGUCCUCAUGUAAUAAGGAUUGUGUCUGCUGAUCUGAAAUAACAGGGUGGUUCUGUGAUUUUAGGCCCCAGACCCAAGCCAGACCUUUUUUGGACCCAAAGACUGAACCUAGACCUAACCUAGAUUCAGCCAGACCCAACCAGGAUCCAAAAGACUAAGCUCAAACGUAGACCAUGAUGUGUUUUUAUGGGAGAAACUUGCAGAGAUGGGAAUUGUGGCUUCAACAAGUCCUCUCCAUGUCGUGUUUUUGUUCUGCUCAGCAACUGAACCAGGUUCAUUCACUGUGCUGAUUGAAAUCACCUAGUUUUGUUGCUGAGAAGAACAAAAACAUGACAUGGAGAUGACUUGUUGAUACCACAAUUCCCAUCUCUGUAAACUUGUAAUUUGAUUGUGUUGUUGCAGCUCUUCUUGUUUCCUCUCUGAUGAACAACAGGGUGCUCCACGUAGUUCCUGUAGACUCCUCAUUUGUUCAGAGUCUGACACAGGUGUAAAGAGACAUUAGAUGACUUGUUUGAUGUUUACAAAUGCACAAUUUGCACUGAGGUUGUUUCCAUAGAUCUUCUGAUGAACAUUGUGCUGCAGUUUUGGUUCAUCGCUCAUUGUUCAUUUUUGAGUUUUUUGUUUUCAAAGCUCUGAAUGGAGCUAUCUGCUGUGCUGUCUGCACACACACACACACACACACACACACACACACACACACACACACACACACACACACACACACACACACACACACACACACACACACACACACACACACACACACACACACACACACACUAGGGCUGUCGCGAUUGAGGAAUUCCCCCUGUGGUGAGUCAGGGCAGCUCAAUAUUGCGAUAUGCGAUAUUAUUGCACCUCGUUUUUAUUUAUGUACUUAGCAAAUUUGUUUGUUAAUUACUAAACUCAUGGCAAUAUUUCCUUUGAAACAUUGUGCUUACACAUUUAAAAAAUGUUAGAAAAAAAUACAUGGCCAUUUUUAACACUUUAUUGAAUGCAGAUCAAAGGGCAGUAACGGCAUUCUCUGACUGAAUUUAAAAACAACAUUCAGGAGGUUUAACUUUGAAAUGGAAAUUUGGCUGCAACAUCUAACAGAAAUAAAAUAAAGUGCCCUACUAUCUCCUCGAUCAGCGCGGACUUUACCUCUCAGCAUGCGCUGUCGUGAGAUUUAAUCAAGUGCGGUAAUUGCGGUGGCACGUCAUGCAGCGCGGUGGGUUUCUUAAUAUCGCGAUAUAUUGUUCUUGCGAUUAUUGUGACAGCCCUAACACACACACACACACACACACACACACACACACACACACACACACACACACACACACACACACACACACACACACACACACACACACACACACACAGACACACACACACACACACACACACACACACACACACACAGGUGAAAACAACCUGACAGCCUCGUCUCUUCCAGCCCAGUGCUGAGCAAGUUUCUGUAUAUUUUCUGUUGAGAUGAAGUUUAAUCAAACGUCGGCUUAUUGUUUUAGAAAUCCCAAAGAACUUGAGCAGAUGGUUGAAGAUGAAGCCGGCUGAGAUUGUAAAUAUGCUGCACAAAGAUUCUGCUGUCCUUUGUGUGAAUCAUCCAACACUGUCGGAUGCUGCAGGACAUUUCAAGGGUAGAGAACCGGUCCAGACCAAGCUUCGUCUCAUCACUUGAUGUUUCAGAAGUUUAUAAAAGUUUGUUGUUAAUAAAUUAUUGAUAAAGUUCA